UAUAGUUGCGUUUUAAAUUUCUAACUCUGAUUUACAUAAAUUAGCAAUAAAGCCUUUAAAAAUGGGUGCCAUAUUAAUUUGAAUGAAAAGGUGUGUUUCAAAAAGUUAAAAAUACCGAGGUAGUAAAUGUUUCUAUUUUACUUAAUAAAUACAAAUUUUAGUAAAUGAAAAAAAUAUGGAAUAAUUCAAAAAAUCUUGAAUGUUUAACGAGUUGUAACUGAAUAAACUAAUUGAAUACAAUUUUUUAACAUUUAAGAAUUGUCUAAAAAAAACAUGCAUUGUGAUUUACUUUUAAAAAAGAGUUUUUUAAAUGAGUUUUGUACCGAACAAAAAGUGAAUUUUUAUUCAAUGUUUUUUUAACAAACAUUUCGAAGUUUUAAAUGAUAAUUGUGCUCAGUAACAAAAAACACCUCACGUAAAUAAGAUUCCGACCAUAUAUGUACAUAAACGUAAUUCAUUAUCAGUUCAAUUUAUUGAUUUCAAAAUAAUCUUUCACUUAGAGUAAACUUUGCAAUAUUUUCUUGUGAUUCAAUAAAUGUUGAAGUUUUGAUUCCUUGAUUGAUAUGUUUUUUGGAUGGUAUACAAAAAAAUUGGCUAAUUUAAUGCUCGCAUGGUUUUGGCUAAUUAAAGAAUUUCUUCUAAAUUUGGGUUCGCAAGUCUUUAUCACGGAAACUGUACACAAUUUUAGUUCAUUGUGAAAGCUACAUUUAGCCGUUGAGAAACUAUUUGGAAUUAAAUUGAAAUUAUGGCCAAGAAAACUGAAAUAAUGUCUAUGGACGAUGCUCUGGAUGAAACAAAAUUCGGAAAGUUUAAUUACAUGAUCAUUUUUAUAUCUGCAAUGAUUAUGAUUAAUGUCGUCCUGGAAUGUGUGGGAAUUAGUUUCGUUUUACCUGUGAUCAAUUGUGAUAUGAAUUUAUCUUUUCAAAAGAAAGGAAUACUCGGUGCUGUAAGUUUUCUGGGAAUGAUUUCCAGCUCACAUUUGUGGGGUUUUUUAGCUGAUACAACUGGACGAAGAAAUGUUAUAAGGCCAACCUUGAUUGUUGGAUAUUUUGUGAGUGCCAUCUCGAGUUUGUCUCCAAACUUUUGGACUUUUGUUGUCUUGCGAUACAUCAAUGGGUUUUUGUUAUGUGGUGGUUCUGCAACAAUUUUCGCCUAUCUUGGGGAAUUUCACUGCAACAAGCUCAGAAACCGUGCUAUUAUGGCGUCUGCAUUUAUUUCUGCAGCCACAGCCAUCUUGCUUCCGGUUUCAGCUUGGGUUGUUAUAAACCAAAAUUGGUCAUAUGACAUUCCGUUUCUGGAUUUAACAUACAAACCAUGGAGAUUGUAUAUAGGAGUAAUUGGGACUAUUGGAUUACUGUGUGGAAUAAGUCUAUUUUACAUUCCUGAGAGUCCCAAAUAUCUGCUGUGUGUUGGGAAGGAAGAGGCUGCCAUUAAAGUGUUAAAAAAGAUGUAUGCAAUCAAUACCGGUAAUAGUCGUGAGAGUUUUGAGAUCACUUCAAUUAAACCUGAUAAUGAGGAAAUACAAAGAUUCAAAGUGAAGAAUGGGAAGAGUGCUUCGGCAAUUGUUAAGUUGAUGUGGAAUCAAACAAUUCCACUGUUUUUGCGAGAACACUGUAAAAAAACAUUACUGUCGUGUUUUAUUCAAUUUUGGCUAUUCUACGCAGCUCAUGGAUUCUACAUGUGGUUUCCUUUUAUUCUCAACAAGGUUAUGCUGUAUACCAAAUUACAUCCAGAUGCAAGGCUUGAAAUUUGUGAAAUUGUUUAUUCAAUGCAAGAAACCGUAAUGACUAAUGCAACAUUUGUGGAAAAGAGUUGUAGUGCAGUUUUGGAAUCAUCAACUUAUGAACAUACUUUAGCACUUGAGUUUAUAUAUUUGGGUGUGUUUUUGGGAACAGGAUAUUUUAUAGGGAAAUUUGGAAGGACUCCCAAUCUUUUCAUUGUUUUAUUUAUGUGUGGUGCAUGUGGGGCCUUGAGUGCAGUAGUAACGGUGCCAAUAAUCGCUGUGUAUCUUCAAGUUAUUUUACUUUUAUGCGGGAUAGCAACAUCAGUUGUUAAUAUAAUUGUUGUAGACAUAUAUCCCACAAAUCUCAGAGCAAUGGCGGUUUGUAUAUCUCUAAUGUUGGGUAGAAUAGGAAGUGUAACUGGAACAAAUGUUGUUGGUAUACUGAUUGAAGACCAUUGUAAAAUUUCACUGCUUACAGCCAGUGUUCCAUUAAUAAUAUGUGCAUUUUUAUCAUUACUAUUACCAAAUGGUGAAGAACCGAAGAAGAAGAAAAUCACAAAUGAUUUAGCUGCUUAGGACAAAAAAAAUAUGUAUCUUUAGUUUUGCAUAAUUUAAUUUUUGUACAGAAACAAAUAACUUUUGCGAUAAGAGUAUUAAAAAUGUAUAUAUUAA